CCUGCUGGUUCAGUCGGCGGAAAGCGACACCUUAUACAUGUGUCAUUGCAUGAAAAGAACAUUUUGGAGGAAUUUGUCUCGAACAUUGAAGAGAUCUGAGCGGACUCAACAAGGAAGGAAGGAGGAAUAAGGUUGUUGUUUUUUUAAAUACGAGAGGAGGCUUCACAUGGAUACCUGUGCGACCUUUUGAAGGAUUUCUUGCUCCAAGAUUUGGCUUUAAAUUUGAUCACGAUCAAGAGUGUUUCAUUUGGAUCAUCACAAGUGUCGCUGUUGCUCAGUCAAAGAUGGCAGAAAGGGUCAAAUGGUGGAAGGCCUUCAUGCCCAAGAAGAAGGCAGGAGGCCCCAAGGACCAAGCAUCCCCUUACACGUACGGUGCAGACUUUGACCCCUUUGCACAAAACGACAAGUCCAAGGACUCCAAGGCCACCAGUGAGCAGUCUCCGCCCCAGCAAGAGUCCACCAACGGCUCCUGCCUGCUCAGCGACGAGACCUACGACGACUCCCACCUGGAGUCCCUCUUCAACGAGCAGACUUGCCGCAGAAACAUGAAAGUGUCCCGCUCGGGCCGCUUUAAGGAGAAGAGGAGGGUGCGCUCCAGCCUCCCCUUGGAGGACAAAGGCACGGAAAACAUGGCGCCGGGGACAGAAGACUUUCGGUGAUAGCGAUGGAGAGGUGAUGGAGGACAGACAAAUGACUUCACUAAGGGGAGGAAAAGGAGAAGACUGCAUCUUCUUGAGGUGCGCAAAACGUUCUGUAAGUUGGUAGCGAUGGUGAUAAGGAAGACGACGAGGAGCGUAAAGGUGACAGGUUCACAGGAAUAAGGGAGUGUGUGAUUUUUAUAUUGAGCCCCUUUUGCCAGCAGUAUCUCACCUAGUGUGUGGUGUCCCCCUACGUUAUGUCAAAUAUUGCCCCGCGUGAUAAUACACUUUCAUAUAUCUUUUUCCAUGAAGGAUGUGCCUUCUGUGGCCUUGAGCGAUGUUUGUGAAGUUAGGAGUGGAAAUAAAAUGGAUUUAGGAUGAGAAGAACUUCCCACUCAAUGCAUUAUGUUGAUUUUUGAAUGAAGGAUGAAAAUCCAGGAUGUUUUUAACAACCUGAUGGAAGUACAGACCAUGAUGUUAGCCACUGAUGUAUCAAAAGCCACUGAUGUGGGUGUAUUUUUACAAUAUGCCGUUUACGAUCAACCUGUGAAUACUGAAAUGAAGUGAACAUAUGAGCAAUAAAUCUAAUUUUUGCUA